AUGGCCGCAGUAGCGCCGCCUCCUAUAGAAAGAGCAUCCGGACUGGGUGAAAUCACUAGUUCGGAUGGUCAGCCAGAGAAAGGCAUCAGACGAUUGUCAGAUCACAAAAGCGAAGUGCGAUUUCUCCAGGAUGGACUGAACACCGGCGCUCGCAUUCUGGGUGACGGUCGAGUAGAUAUCAAGAUCGAUCAGCAUAAACCGCACCUCGCAGGGCUGUUUAAACACAUCCAAUGCCAGGGCAUCCCUUGUGCCCAGCAUCUGGAACGAACAGAUGGCGCAGAACAGCCUCCCCCGAAGGAGGUAAAGUAUUUCCCAGUGCAGUUAAACCUCGUCAUUCAGGUCAUUGGUUCUCGAGGCGACAUCCAACCAUUUGUUGCACUGGGGAAAGAACUGAAAAAGCACGGUCACCGGGUCAGAUUGGCCUCGCAUUUGACGUUUCGGGAGUUCAUUCUCGAGAACGGUCUGGAGUUCUUCAAUAUCGGAGGAGACCCGGAGGAGCUGAUGGCUUUCAUGGUGAAAAACCCGGGCCUUUUACCGGGUCUUAAAGCAAUACGCAGCGGGGCCAUCCAGAAACGUCGACGUGAGAUGAAGGAAAUCUUCACUGGGUGUUGGAGAUCCUGCUUUGAAAUGGGUGACGGGACCCAUCUUCAUCAGAUCAAGGACGAUCCAUGGAGUGAGGCUCCAGAUUAUCGACGACGGCCCUUUGUGGCAGAUGCCAUUAUAGCCAACCCUCCCAGCCUAGCCCAUAUACAUUGUGCACAACGACUGGGCAUCCCUCUCCAUAUCAUGUUUACAAUGCCCUGGUCACCAACGCAGUCAUUUCCCCACCCGUUGGCGAUUAUUCACCCCCGGAACCUCAAGCCGACUGUCGCAAAUUUUGUUUCCUAUGGUAUUGUGGAUACGAUGGUGUGGGAAGGCUUGGGGGAUCUUCUAAACACGCUUCCAUACUACAUCGUCUGCACGUGCCACAUGCUUAUCUAUGGUGAGGCUCAGCGUCGUCAAAAUUAUUCCGAUAUGGCUAACGAGAAGGCUCGACACAGGUCUCCUGCAUUGCUACCCAAGCCUCCCGAUUGGUCUGAUGACAUCGACGUAUGCGGCUUUGGUUUCCUCCCCUCGGAGACCAGCUAUACGCCACCAAAGGAAAUAGAAGCAUUCCUCAAGGCGGGACCAAAACCGAUCUACGUCGGAUUUGGUUCGAUCGUGGUAGACGAUCCAGUCAGACUGACGAAAAUUGUAUUCGAAGCAGUUCAAAAAACGGGACAACGGGCUCUCGUUUCGAAAGGCUGGGGAAAUCUCGGGGCAAACGAAGUGGAUGUGCCGGACAACAUUCUCAUCAUUGGAAACUGCAGCCACGACUGGCUGUUUCGACAGGUUUCAUGUGUGAUCCACCAUGGCGGUGCUGGUACUACAGCCGCAGGUCUCGCGCUCGGUCGACCAACGAUCAUUAUCCCUUUCUUUGGAGACCAGCAAUUUUGGGGAAAUAUCGUUGCGCGAGCCGGAGCUGGCCCAACACCGAUACCUCAUAAGCGGUUGAACCUGCAGAAUCUGUCAGCCGCAAUAGAGAAGGCGCUAGAACCAUCCACUCUAGAGAGGGCACAGGUGAUCGCGAGGAACAUGCAGGAAGAGUCUGGAGUGUGCCGUGGAGUGUAUAGCUUUUAUCGACAUCUUGAUCCCCAAUCACUCGGAUGCGCUAUAUUCCCAGAUCGGUCGGCGGCUUGGCAUCUCAAACAUACUGAGAUUAACUUGAGUGCAUUUGCAGCAUCGGUUCUGGUGAAAUCAGGCAAACUUAACCCGGAUUAUCUCGUGCUACACCGUCCAACGGAAUACGAUACAUUCCGUGAUCCUGCCGACCCAAUUACUGCUAGCGCUCAGGUGCUAUUCGGGGCAAUUACGAGCCUCCUGACUGGGCUUGCGGACACCCCAAGUGGGAUUGUGCAUGAUCUUGCUUCUGUAGCUCGCACAAUACGCCACCCACAUGAACGUUUUAGUAAACACGCUGAUAAGCACGCAGCAUGUCGGGCAGCAAUUGCUUCUCCAUACCACUUAUCCCCAGAACAAAGUGUCGAGAGCGUGGAAGGGCAAGUUGAGAACCAUCAGGAGGAACAAGACACCGUUCUGGAGGAGCAAGACACCGUUCUGGAGGAGGAGAAUACACAGGAGGAUAUCCCUGAUGAAGACGAAGACGACGAUGUUAGCGGCACCACAGAAACUUCGAGCCUAGAACGCAAGCGAACUCUCCAGCUCAAAGCGGCCAAGCCAAUGAGCAGCUCGUUGCCAUCCUCGAAACCACAUAAAGACAAUAUUCUAUACGAAGCUUCGUUCCAUGGAAAGAUAAUGUCGAAGAAGUUCUUGAGGUUGAUCAUGUGGCUACCAACCGAUGUGUCACUGAGUAUGGCCAAAGGAUUUCACAACGCCCCUAAAUUGUAUAACGACCCGAUGGUAAAGAGCACCCCACAGGUGAUCAGUGUUCGAGGCGGAUUCAGGGCGGCUAGAAAGGAGUUCACAGAUGGAUUUUACUACGGUAUCACAGGCCUAGUAACGCAACCGCACUAUGGUCUCAAGCAUAACGGUGCGAAGGGAAUGCUCAAGGGGGUCGGAAAAGGAGUGGGUGGAGUGUUCCUCAAGCCAACAGCGGGGCUAUGGGGUCUAGCAGGGUAUCCACUGAGCGGGUGUCUCAGAGAACUUAACAACUCGUUGAGCAAAUACCAAAAAUGCAGGAUUGCGAUGGCUCGCAUUUCGCAAGGGCAUGAAGAGAUGCGAGGAUCGACGUCCCAGGAAAGGGAAGAGGUAUUACGAAAGUGGAUUGAGAUUGAAAAGGACUUGAAAAAGUCGAGUAAACGACGCAAAAAUUUGCAUAUGAAUGGCCAUGCUCGCUAA